AAAAGCCUCCUUCCGCUCGUUCGUUAUCCCGGUGUCUCGCGCAAGAGCUGUCAUGGCGGCCGGACUUUUUGGUCUGCUCGGGACGGUCUUUUUGUUGGCGGCGACGUUUCAGUUUACUUCACGUUCGUGGGCUUCAGAGACGCCCGGCGGCGGUAGCAGCGGGGAUGCUCUUGGCGCCGGUGAGCGGUUUAAGAUCGAGGGUCGCGCGGUGGUGCCGGGAGUGAAGCCCCAAGACUGGAUUGCGGGCGCCCGAGUGCUGGUCGACGGGGAGGAGCACGUCGGCUUCCUCAAGACAGAUGGAAGCUUUGUGGUUCACGAUAUUCCUUCUGGAUCAUAUGUUGUUGAAGUUAUAUCUCCAGCUUACAAAUUCGAACCAGUACGAGUAGAUAUUACUUCAAGAGGAAAAAUGAGAGCAAGAUACGUGAAUUAUAUCAAAACAUCAGAAGUUGUUCGAUUGCCAUAUCCUCUUCAAAUGAAAUCUUCUGGACCUCCUUCAUAUUUUAUAAAGAGAGAGUCUUGGGGAUGGACAGACUUUUUAAUGAACCCCAUGGUUAUGAUGAUGAUCCUUCCAUUGCUAAUCUUUGUAUUAUUACCCAAAGUUGUCAAUACAAGUGAUCCUGACAUGAGGCGGGAAAUGGAGCAAUCCAUGAAUAUGUUGAAUUCUAACCAUGAGCUGCCUGAUGUGUCAGAAUUCAUGACAAGACUUUUCUCUUCAAAAUCUUCCAGCAAGUCUACUGGCAGUAGCAGUAAAAUAGGAAAAAGUGGUGCAGGAAAAAGGAGGUAGUUGUUUCUUUUCCUGGAACCACAAUUUGCACAGCUCUGUGAUGUGUUAUCAUCUGGAUGUUCUGUGAAAGAACAGAAAGCCACUACUGUAACCUUAAUUCAGUUUGAAUUUUGAAAGGAUACAACUGUAGCUUUUUAAUCUAUUUAAAUAUCUUGUUCUUGAAAUACCCGGGAGCAUCACUUCUGUCUAAAAUAUGUAAGGUCAGUACUGAUGAUAAUUUAACUCCUUUGUAGAAAUGACAUUAAAGAAUUUAAAUUAUG